AUGCCAAGCACCAGUGCGAGAGUCAAGCCAAAUACCUCAAGACAGGGAUCACUGACAGAAAUGUUCGAAAGUGUCACUCCGUAUGAACGUAAUUCAAAACGGCACGGGGAAAUCACUCGGAGAAUAACCGAGUUCAUAGCCAAAGAUAUGAUGCCUCUCAGCACGGUGACCAAGCCUGGGUUCAUGGCAUUAAUACAUACGCUUGAUAAACGUUACAGUAUGCCCUCCCGCACAUACUUCAGUCAGACUGCCAUACCGGAGCUGUACAAAAAGUGCAAAGAGAAAGUCGCCGCGGAACUUAAAACGGUGGAGUUUUUUGCUAGCACUACUGAUAUGUGGUCAAGCCGCACAGCUGAGCCGUACCAGAGUCUUACAGUCCAUUUUAUUGAUGAAGAUUUCAACCUCCGAGCUCGCUGCCUACAAACGAUCUACUUCCCAGACGAUCACACAGGGGAAAAUAUUGCAGCCGGCCUGAGAGAAGGGUUUGUCAGCUGGGAUCUCCACGAGGAGAAUCACGUCUGUAUCACGACGGACAACGCGUCGAAUAUGGUGCUUGCUGCGCGGCUUAAUGAAUGGACGAGGCUCCAAUGUUUUGGCCACAGAUUACAUCUUGCCAUUGAAAAUGCACUCAAAGAUGACAGAGUGUCAAGGGCAACAGGACUGUGCAGGAAGCUGGUGGGGCACUUUUCCCACAGUUGGAAGAAGAAAGCAGCCCUGACGGAGGCACAGAGAGAGCUCAAACUCCCUGAGCACAACCUCAUAACGGAGUGCCCAACAAGAUGGGGUUCUAAAGGAAUGAUGAUUGCCAGAGUGCUUGAACAGGCCAAAGCCAUUUCUCAGGUAUUGUCUGUAGAUCGAUAUGCACGCUCCCUUAUCCCAACCUGGCAGGAUAUUGACGUGUUGGAGUCGAUUCACAAGGCACUGCAUCCUCUACUGGAGUUUACUGAUGCUCUUUCUGGAGAGGAGUAUGUAAGCAUCUCCUACCUCAAGCCAGUUCUCCAACUUUUUGCCACAUCAGUCCUGGCUGAAGAUGCUGAGGACACUGACCUGACUAAAUCAAUAAAAACCAAAGUCCUAGCAUACCUCAACAACAAAUAUGGAGACCCAAACAUCCAGGAGCUUUUGGAUGUUGCCUGUUUCCUGGACCCUAGGUUCAAAAUACAGUACAUCAGUACAGACAACAUCCCUGCUAUCAAGACUCGUCUGAAGACAGAGAUAGAGAAGAGGUCUCGUACUGAAAAUGUUCAGAUGCCUCAAAGUGCACAGUCCUUGGGGGAAAAGCCGAAGAAGUCUCUUGGCAGUUUUUUUAAGACCAGUUCAGCCUCUCCUUCUUUGCCUGUAAGUCUUGAAGAUGUCGCAGAGGCAGAGAUAAACAAUUACCUGAUGACUCCUACCAUUGAUGGAGAAGAUGAUCCAUUGGCUUGGUGGAGGGUGCACAAGAUCAGCUACCCACAGUUGUGCACCAUGGCACGCAAGUCCUUCGAGCUUGUUGAAAACAUUCAUCCAGAGAUAGUGAUUCUGGAUCCUGAGUCUUUGAAUGAUCUUGGUCCACUGCAAGCAUAUAAAGUAGCAGGAAAGCUCCUGGUAUCUCUGAAAGUCUUUCUUCUACAUUAA